AUGGAAGAAGGCAACGAUGUGCUCGAACACAUCAACAAGCUCAAGACGUUGGCGGAACAGCUAGAAGCGGUGGGGGCUCCAGUCUGCGAGGGCGAUAUGGUGAUCACACUUUUCGGCAGCCGGAGUGGCUCGUUUCAAUUCUUGAUCACAGCUUUGGAGUCGCGCUCAGACACUCUUAGCUGGGAGCUCGUGACGUCUCGACUGCUUCAUGAAGAAAUGAAGCAGAAGGAGCAAGGAAGUAAAGGUGAUGAAGCAUCGUAA